AUGGCCGUCCCGUUGCAAACCAAGAAGAUCGUGAAGAAGAGGUCUGCCAAAUUCAUCAGACCCCAGAGUGAUCGCCGCAUCACUGUCAAGGAAAGCUGGAGGAGGCCAAAGGGUAUUGAUUCCAGAGUCCGUAGGAAGUUCAAAGGUGUCACUUUGAUGCCCAAUGUCGGUUACGGAUCUGACAAGAAGACCCGUCACUAUCUUCCCAAUGGCUUCAAGAAGUUCGUUGUCCACAACGUUAAUGAGCUCGAGCUACUCAUGAUGCACAACAGGACUUACUGUGCAGAGAUCGCUCACAAUGUGUCCACAAAGUUGAGGAAAUUCAUUGUGGAGAGAGCUGCUCAGCUAGACAUUUGCGUUACCAACAAGCUUGCUAGGUUGCGUAGCCAGGAAGACGAGUGA